AUGCCGUCCAAGUUAAUCUACCUCUACGGCCUGGCCCCUUGCACGGGCGGUCUUGCGUUUGGCUAUGUAAGCUCCCUUGACACUGGGUCUACGAGUGGAAUUUUGGCGAUGCCGCAAUUUCUCGAGUACUUCAACCAUCCCGAUAAUUUCCAACAAGGAGGAAUUACCGCGUCGAUCCAGGCAGGAGCAUUUGCAGGCUCUCUGUUGACGGGAGCAUUCUUGGCAGAUCGACUGGGCCGUAAGAAGACAAUUCUUCUCGGAUCGGCGCUUUUCACGAUCGGAUGCGCGAUUGCAUGUGCCGCGAAUGGUUUGCCAGCUCUGGUGGCAGGGCGCGUCAUUAAUGGCCUCGGUAAUGGAUGUCUGGCAAUGAUGGUUCCGCUUUACCAAAGUGAGAUUGCACCAAGAGAGUAUGCCGCCGCUCAGCCCCAAGGGAAGAAAGAAAAACUGACAAGUAGAAAGAAUCCGAGGGCGUAUCAUCUCCAUGCAGCAGUGCUCCAUCAAUUUAGGUAUCUUGCUCGCCUUUUGGAUACAAUACGCGAGCCACUUUCUCAAAGGUUCGGUAUCGUGGAGACUUCCACUCGGCUUGCAGAUGGUUGUAAGGGCUCCGCCACCAUUGCACUUCACGUCACGAUGUAUUUUUUGCCCGAAUCACCUCGAUGGUUGGUAGCACACGACCGCCAGGAGGAAGCGGGCAAAGUUCUGGCCAAACUGCACGCUAACGGCAACACCUCUGACUUGUACGUUCAGGCGGAGCUUGCGGAGAUUGUGGCCAAGAUCAAGUAUGAGAAAGAGCAUCUGUCACCAUCAUAUAUCUCGUUACUUUUUGGAAACCAUGCUCGGAGAAUGUGGAUUGGAAUUGGUGUUCAAUUCUGGCAACAAGUCACUGGCAUUAACGUGAUCAUGUACUACGCAGUGUUUUUAUUUCAACAAGCGGGUAUUGCCGGCACCCAGGCGUCUCUACUUGCAAAUGGAAUUCAGGGGGUGAUUCUAAAUGUCAUCACUUGGAUCAACAUGUGGUACAUUGAUUCUUGGGGUCGGCGCAGACCAAUGAUAAUUGGCGCAUUAGGAAUGGCCGUCUCAAUGAUGCUCAUCGGAGUCAUAAUGAAGACCAUGGGUAACCCAGUGUACGAUGCGCUCACACAGAAAACCAACUUCCAUUUCGCCCAAGCGAGUGCUUCUCAUGCCGCGAUCGCGUUUGUGUACAUCUAUGUUUUCUGGUUCGCAUUGACUUGGGGCUGUGUGGCCUGGGUUUAUCCUACUGAGGUUUUUGCCAUGAACAUGCGAGGUAAAGGAACAUCGAUCACAUCUGCAACAAAUUGGUUUGUGAACUUUUGGUUUGCCUUGUAUAUACCCACUGCGAUGGCAAAGAUCAGUUGGGAGUUGUACAUGAUCUUCAUGGCAAUUUGUGUGAUUAUCGCCAUAACUGUUUACCUAUUUUACCCGGAGUCUGCUGGAAAAACCUUAGAAGAGAUGGACUUCCUCUUCUCCCAGGGUCGAUCUCCUUGGGUUUUCAAGGAUAAUGAAGCCACUAAGGUUGGCGCUCUAUUCGAGCGCGACAUGUCUCACGGAGAAGCUCUCACAGCGUUUGACGAAAAGAUGACUUCAGAAAAGACAGUUGAAGAUAUUUCGCAAGUCCAGGUGGUCCAUGUCGGCGAACAAGCCCUAUAA